GUGAAGAAGAUGAAGAAGAAAAAUGAAUAACAAUGUGAACUGAAGAAAUUAAAACGAAAAAAAAAUUAAUUAAAGAAAAAGAAAGAAAGAGAAAAAAACUGAAAUUUAUUUGGCAAUCUUGAAAAAAAGGCACAAAAUGAGACAAACAAACAAACAAACAAACAAACAAACAAACUGACAAACAAAUCUGAAAAAAAGAAGAAAAAAACAAAAAAACAGCCACAAAAUUACGUACACAUGUGCAUCUCUGUGUGUACAUAACGUGUGCGUGCGUGCGUGCGUGCGUGUGUACCAAUCAACUACCUCAAACUCAAAAUACCUGUGUGUACGUUUGUGUGUACCGCUGAAAAAACGUACACAAGGAUCCUCUGAGCUGUGUGCGUGUGUGUACGUGAUACACCCACACACACACAUACACACACACACACACACACACACACACACACACACACACGCAAAGCACCCACAAAUCUUACGUGUGUGUGUGUGUUAAUCCAAUCCACACACACACACACACACACACACACACACACACACACACACACACACACACACACACACACACACACACACACACACACAAAUUCAACACCCUUAUGUGUGUGAAAAUCCCCCAAUCCACACACACGCAAGUCAAAUCCACUCUGAUCCACCUGCCUGCAUCCACACCCACCACAUCCACCUUGCUGCCUGUUAGUGGAGUCCCGCGGAUGCCCAGUCAUGGUGGAGCUUGUAGAGAGGGUUGAAAACUAUAAGGAUUCCACUUUUAAAUACCAUUAUCCACAUCUCAUCCACACACCGGACUCCCCAGCUGAAAUUUCCGAGAUGUGGCAGGACAUCGAGACUCUACUGAUGACGGAGGGCAGCCCUGUGGUGGGGCCUCUAGGGGCGCCUCCCCCACCCAACCUUCCAGUACCCCCCACACACCUUUUCCCCCACCCCCGCACCCCCUCCUCUCCUCCCCCGCCCUUAGAAUACAUGAGGAUAAGGGAAAAGUAAAGGUGUCUCCAGGGGCGUCCUCCCUGCCAACACCCUGCCCCCAGCCCCCGCCUCUCAGCAACCCCUCCACCCCCCAGCCUCCCCCUCUGCAGUCCCCGACCCUCCCCCAGCACCCUCCGCCCCCCCACACGCCCUUCGUGGGGGGAUACGAAGGGAAGGAGAGGGGGGUGCAAACUGCAGCUAACUCCCCAACACAGACUCAAACAGGGCAGCCCGCACCGCCCCCCACGGCUACUGUCCCACCUCCCCCGCCCACCCCUGAUCUCCCCAGGCACCAUGACAGCCCCCAGGUCGUGCCCACCAGCCCCUCACUGCCCUCCCCAUUGGGCGUUACGGGGGUGGGGUGUCAGAACCCGCCCAGUAGCAUCCCAGCCAGCACCCCCUUACAGAUCCCUUCAUACCCCCCACCCCCAGUAUUUAGAGCCCAAGUACCACAGUCUGGAUCAGAAGUACCCGCACCCCCCACGCCCCGCACGCUGCCCCGGGGGAGUGCGUGGAUCCCAAGUUCAUGCCGCAGGGUGACACAAAAUACUCGGACGCAAAAUACACGCUGGAUGCAGAUUUCCUCGUACCGGAUCCGAAAUACUACACAGCCAUUAAGCCGGAGAGCAGGUACGACCCUCAGUCCAGCUUGGGCGGCACCAGCGGCACCACCGGCGUCGUGAACUGGGGCGUUGAAUCAGCGUUCCCUUGUAAGGACUGCCCCGCCCCACAGCCACCAGUGUCCUCCGCCAGUUCUCAAUACACACCUAACACAUACGACUACACAAGCACUUAUUAUACCACUCCCUCUUACUCCAUGUACCCAGCUGGCGCCCCUUCCCCGACUACCUGGGGGCUUAGCGGCAACCAGAUGAACUACCAGUAUCCCAAUCAGAUUCCCCCGCUGUCCAUGCCGCUGUCGGAACCCCCGCCGCCGCCCCCAAAGCCACGCAGACGCAGAGCUAAACGGAAAGUCACCAUCCACAGCUGCCCUUAUGAGGGAUGCACGAAGACCUACAUCAAGUCAUCUCAUCUGAAGGCGCAUUUACGCACGCACACAGGGGAAAAACCUUACCUGUGUUCAUGGAAGGGUUGCGGCUGGCGGUUCGCGAGGUCAGAUGAAUUAACUAGGCAUUACAGAAAGCACACAGGUGAUAGGCCUUUCCAGUGUAGGCUGUGCGAACGUGCCUUCUCCCGCUCUGAUCAUCUUAGCCUACACAUGAAGAGGCAUAUUGCUAUUUAAGAGGGGGAAAAGGGUGAAUAGGAGGGAGAGGCGUGGGGAUAAAGGGUUGAACAUAAAGGGGUUAAUUAAAUGGGUGUCUGGUUGUGUGGGAGAGAGUGAGAGGUGAUUGUGAUGUGAGGGAGAGAGAGAGAGAGAGAGAGAGAGAGAGAGAGAGAGAGAGAGAGAGAGAGAGAGAGAGAGAGAGAGAGAGAGAGAGAGAGAGAGAGAGAGAGAGAGAAAGAAAG